AUGUUGAAGCUUGGUAGCACUCCUGACAAGCGUGAGCAGUAUCGACUUAUGAGGGAUGCUAUGGAGAAGAGAUUUAUCCGAGUCGCUCGUGGUUCAAUAGUUGGUGGGAUCCGCCUCGGGAUGUUUACUGCUGCAUUUUAUGGUCUGCAAAACUUGCUUGCUGAAAAACGAGGCGUGCAGGAUGUUUUUAAUGUGGUUGGAGCCGGUUCCACGACUGCUGCUACAUUUGGUUUAAUCAUGCCUGGUUCACUUCGUUGGCGUGCAAGGAACGCGGUUUUGGGUUCGGUUUUAGGUGCAGCGAUCUGCUUCCCUCUUGGUUGGCUUCAUUUGAAGCUUGUAGAGAAAGCAAAUGAAGGUACACCUUCUACUGAUACCGAGGUCGGUGAAAAUAUAGAAGCGAAGAGUGGAGGUUCCAGAAUAUACCCGUUUUUGUCCAUCUGCUCGUUUUUGCCUUCUCUAUCUGUGCAGCCUCCCCAUAGCUGA